UCUUAUUUUGUGUGUUAGUGCGUUGAGAGAGAGAUAGAAAGAAAGAGAAAGAAAUCGCCAUGGCUCAUGGGAGAUAUGAUAAUUACAAGAAGAAAAGUGGACAGAUUCCUAGGUUUGGAGAAUGGGAGGAAGCAAAUGAGAUGCCAAUAACACAAUACUUCGAGAAUCCAAGACAAGCUGGUCUGAUUCGUCACCAAUACACAACCACUUCUUCUGCUUCUUCCACUACAACUUCUUCUACAUCAUCUUCUUCUUCUGCAGAAGCCCUAAAGCUUGCUUCUCACCGUCCCCGUCCAAGACAGACGGCGGGGACGAAGGAAAAAAGAGGACCACAAAGGCGUGUGCGUGACGUCAGUGCACAGUCGGACAAGUAUUACAUUGACGUCAAUGGUGUUAAGCAGUUUAAAAACGACGUCGCUCCGAUUUCGAAGCCACCUAAGCCCGUUGAUGAAGAUCUCUACAAGAUUCCUCCUGAGUUUAUCCAUUCUUCAACAAGGAAGAGAAGGCCUAGCUUUUUCGCUUGUUUGGUUCCAUGCGCAUGAAUUGAGAAGGAAGAAUGAAGAGGAGAAAAAGAAGAAGAAAAAGUAGGAUCAUGAAUGAAUAAUGUAAUUUUUU